AACAUCAUAUUCCCGGCCAAGAAACAUCCCGUCUUGUUACCCUCGUUCAAGCAGCAACAACAAUAUGGCACUUGCGACGCUGUUUCAGAGAUAUCUCAAGAUGGCUCCGACUCCUCAACAUUGAGAAGUGACACAGAAAGUCACUCCUCGUUCCGAGUUGACCCUCGCAUCAUUUCAGACGCUACUAUCGGUCUUUCAGACGGUCUAACUGUUCCCUUCGCGCUCUGCGUUGGAUUAGCAGCACUCGGCGACACGAAGCUCGUCAUCUAUGCUGGUUUAGCGGAGCUUUGUGCGGGCGCUAUUUCAAUGGGAUUGGGUGGCUAUCUUGGUGGUNNACAAUCUUAUGCAGCCACAUUGGCAGAGACACGAAAAAUCGUCAACCAAACUCCAGACGAAGCCAAUCAAAUCAUCAAGUCGACUUUUGACUCAUACGGUCUUUCGGAGGAUAUUCUGGAUGCCUUUGCUACACAAAUCAGCUCGUGUCCGAAACGAUCAGAGAGUUUUAUCAUGCGCUUCCACCAUGAUCUUCCGGAAUCGCAAGCAGAUGCUUCGCGUGCGUACAUCUCAGCUCUGACUAUUGCACUUGGAUAUCUCCUUGGUGGACUGGUACCUCUCACACCUUACUUCUUCGUCAGCAACAACCAGACUGCUCUGUGUUGGAGUAUUGGCGUCAUGGCCUUUGCUCUGUUUGUCUUUGGCUAUGUCAAGACUCUCUUGGUUGGUGAAGAGAAACGGCUGCUUUGUGUCAAAGCUGGCGUGCAGAUGAUGGUACUUGGUGGCGUUGCUGCUGGAGCAGCGAUGGGUUGUGUCAAGGCUAUAGGCUCAUGA